UGGAAGACCGACCUGCAUCUUAUGGCUUGAUAUCGCCAGAGGCAGCAUACUUAUUCUUUUUGAUAGAGUGCAUAUUAGCAGCACAGUUUUUGGGCUUCACAUUGGAGUUGGACCCUUUUUGUUUUGUUAUUUUCUUUUUGGGUGGAUACCGACACAAGUGAUAGGAUAGCAUGGAUUACCGAUAAGCCAGACAAAGAAUUGGCCCGCACGAUUGGCGAUUGGCGAUUGGCGUAACAUGGGCGACAUCCGACCGACCGCGAAAUGGGCAAAUCGCAUGUUACGCCCCUUGACAUCCAUCCACCACCGCCUCGAGAAACACAAUGAGAUCAUAGCCAGCAUAGCGGAUUUGCGAACGAGGGCAAAGCACGAAAAAUCCGAGAGCAAGAGCAAGGGCAGGGGUAAAAGCUGCACGCGUUCGCCGCCCCCGCCGCCGACGUCGCUGUUGAAAGCGCACGAACCUGCCGAAAGCUGCGCUUUCUCCGACGACGAGGAGACGAACGAUCCGGCUUGGGUUCCGGGGAAGCAGGUUAAGCGCCGUUUGAAGCAUAAUUAUUCGAGUCGGGGGCAGAGGAAUGGGGCGCGCAAGCGGAGUAGGUUGACGAUUCGGAGUCCUGAGGUUCCGAAGACGUUGCCGGGGGCUAUUGAGAUUGCGACGCCGUUGAUUACGGGGACUGCUGUGCAGGGGAGAGAGGAGUGGUCGUCUGUGAGGAAGCAGCUGUUUCGGAAUGCGCUGGCUCCGGGGGGUGUUGGUGGUACUGGUGAGCAGCGAAGGGCGCCGCGGACUACCUCCAGUACUUGGUUUCCGGCGUACCAGGGCUCGUGGAAGCAGAUUCUGGAUUUAUCUGGGGACGCGGGACUCGUGGAUAUCGCGCAUCUGCUGGACCGCAUUUUUGUCAACUUUUUGAACAAUACGCGGGCUCCGAGCGGACAGCACGGUCGCGGGGCGCGGUCGCUAUUGUCGAUGACGGUGCGUCGACUGCCAGGGUUUAUCGCCGAGGAGCAGAAGAUACAGGAUGAAGCGGAGGAGGAAGAGGGCGACGUGGACAUGUGCGACGCAUAUUUUACCGAAUUGGAAGCGCACUAUGCGCCCAGCGGGAACGGGUGGCAGCCGCUUCGCGAGGCUGUGCGCGCGCAGGGCAUGCGCCUCGUCUCGGAGAUGAUGCAGAACGGUUGGAUUGGCAAGGUGGCUACGUGCCGACUUUUGGAAGAAUGCAUGGGCCAUGACGAGCCCGACGCGUUUGAAUUGCUAUUGUCCCGAUAUCUGACUACCGUUGUCUCGUACGACUAUCCUACGUCGUUUGAUCCGCCUGCGCCACCACGCAAUUUUCAGGAUCCGGUUCAGCUGCUAAGCGCUUAUUACGCUCGAUUUGUUACCAGACGGGGCUUUGUCUUUGAGCAGUUGAGCAGGCUUCUUGCGCGUGGGGCUAUCCCGCCAGAGUGGAUGGUGACCAGUUUGUGGAAACGAUGCGUGGAUGGCGCUGUCAAGUCGCUGUCUACGGACGGGAGCACAUCCGCUGCUGCCACGCGGCUAGUCGAAGCAGUGAUCCUGUCAUCGGGCAACAUCUGCCUAGAAGCAAAGACGACGACGUCGCAGCUAAACAGUUUGAAUACGCUACGGCCUGGCCGUCCACGGGGCAACACUCGCACCUCAAACAACGCGCCGCACCUCCCAAAGGACCCAUCACCGUGUCCAAUCCCCAUCCAGGACGCGCUCAGCAAUCUCACCUCCAGCCUGGUCUCUGCCCUCUGUGGCAUGUGCAUCGCGCGGUCGCAGAGUCCCGGAACGGACGAAAAGGCAACGGGCGUCAAAGCCGGAAAGACGGUGCAGAGCCUGGCGUUCCAGGUCCAACGCGCUGCCGGCAUCCAUACUCUCUCGCACGAGGUCAACGGACCCAGCUACCAGUCUUUACGACGGGGUUAUGUCCUGGUAGGCCAUUGCAUGCUACUAUGUGGCGAGAAAUCGCCAGCGACCACCCGCCCCUUGGACCCGCUCGCACGGCGCAACAUCGAAGCCUUCUUCCUAUCAUUAGCAGCGCAGCCCGACAUGAUCAAAGAACUAUCCGAAUUCACGCAGCAGGUCUUCCGCUACGGCGGACAGAUGCGCAAGUGCGAGAAGUCCCCCACGCCGCUCGAAGUCCAAGUCCGCAUCCUGCAGCUCGCCUCACUGACAGACGCGCGCGGGAUUUCCUCCCUCCUAGGCAAAGUAGCUGCCGAGACAGCCAUGGAACUCGCCGAGAUAACCGUCGACGCAGACGACCACGCCUGGGCACUCGAAGUCCAAGAGAAGGCGGCGGCCGCGUCGCUCACACGCGAGCAGAAAGCACAAGGAGGGCAGUCCAGCCCCCCCGGAAGCCAAUCGCACGGUCUAUACCGAUGGGAAGAAAGUAUCGGCGAGUGGAUCGCCCGCACGCCCGCCCCGAAAGCCAGGACCUUGCCGAUGCUUCUACCGGUCGCGCCGACUGCAUAUCCCAUAGGGAGCCGGUCCAGGCGCCCAUCGACCGUCGCCUGCUCAACAAGCAGCAGUUUCUCAUCCGGGACACCCGCCCAAGAAAGCGUAUCCAGCGCGACCUCGUCCGCACCAUCCGUAUCCGUGCCUCUGAAGCGCUUGAUUCCUACACCUAUGUCCAGCGAUGGAGCCGACGAUAGCGACAACGACGGCCCCGCCCCUCCGUUGCGCAAAAGGCUUCGGUCAUCGUCCGUGAAACCGGCGCAAACUCGAAACCGAAACAGCGGAUGGGUUUCCACGCCCCUUAUUUUUCCGAGGUCUUCCUCCCCUGCUCAAACGAAGUCUGAAACAGCGCUAUCCGCCCCGGUAGCCUCCCGCACUAGAACGGCGCGGCGGAACACCCCCGAGGUGAAACAUUGGGAGCGUGGAAGGAUUGACACGAGGUGGACUCCAAGGGUGGAAGUCGUUAUCGUCAAUAAGCUAGGCAGUGGUGUUUUGGGUUCGACGCAGAGUCAGACUCAGACUCAGACUCACACACCGACCAUGGCCUCGACCACGAGGACGACCACCCCAGCGACAAGGAGCCACACGGAGCCUAUUGCCGUGCGCACGCGAUCCAGUCGUCGGACUUCACUACCUGCCGUUCCUAAAGAGGAGGACUGGAAACCUCGGGAGCGAGAGCCGUCCCCCACGCGGCGUAGGAAUAAGAUCCCGGUUUUCCGACCGAGGCGCACUGCAAUCCCGUAUUCGUCGGACGAGGAUAGUGAAGACGAGCUGAGUUUUCUCUGAGAUACACCGGCUUUUACUUUUUCUCUUUCUAUUCUCUCGAUUUGCUCUUCCCUUUUACCUGGUUUUUUGAUUUGUGCUUUCCCACUCGGUUGGUUGGGGAUGAAUGGUGUUUGUGUUUGUGUUUAUUACCUGGCGUUUUUCAAUCCCUGUUACUUGGGUUGGUGUUUGGUCAGGCGAUGGUUGAGUUGAUUGAUACCCGGAACAUUCAUUCUCGAUCCUGUUCUAUAUUUCUUCUGUUAUGAUGUUUGGUGUGUUAGGGAUAGUGAGGAGUAAUUACUCCGGUAGUUACCUACCUUGCCUUGGUUGGUAGACUAUGAUAGUCCACGGUAGUUGAACAAACGGAUUAG